AUGUCGCUCCAGCCACCCAAGAAGUCAUUGCUUCAGAGGGUAAAACCUCCGGGAAAUAAAAUCACUCCAAACAGUGUUGAACUCAACACAGUGGAGAGAGAUAAUUUAACCCUCUCCUGUAACUACAGCUCUGGAAACUAUCUACAGUGGUAUCGCCAGUAUCCAAGAUCAGCACCCCAGUUUCUCUUGUUCAUCACUAGUCCCGAUAAGACAGACAAAUCAGAUGUGGAACCACGAUUCUCUGGGAGAAUGAAUAAGGAGAGAAAUCAGAUGUUUCUGGACAUCUCCUCUGCUAAACUCUCUCUGCUCUCUACUACUGUAUUAAUUUGGGUAAUAAAAAUCACAUCAAACCAAAAUCAAAGUUACACUGAAAACGGAUCUAAUGUCACCUUAUCCUGUAGCUACUCUGACAGAGGUGCAACACCACAGUGGUAUCGCCAGUAUCCACGAUCAGCACCCCACUUUCUCUUGUUCAUCACUAGUCCUGAUAAGACAGAAAAAUCAGAUGUGGAACCACGAUUCUCUGGGAGAAUGAAUAAGGAGAGGAAUCAGAUGUUUCUGGACAUCUCCUCUGCUAAACUCUCAGACUCUGCUCUCUACUACUGUGCCCUGAAGCCCACAGUGAAGGAAACUGGCAAACUGUCAUACAAAAACUGACAUGACGUGACAUGAGAUGA